UUGCCUUGCCCAUACUUUAAACCCAUAGCCAAUGUUUAUAAUAAUAUGAUCUCAUGAAAUGAAUUCAAAGAGAGGGAAAGGUACCAGCCACUCUCCUCUAACCUAUCUCACCAACUCACAUCUAGAAGCACCAAUAUCAGUAAUCACUUUUUCUUUUCAGUCAAAAGCCUAUAAAAAUCACCUCCCAGGGCCGGCCACCCUUAUUGUUCCACCACACCAGAGCCAGAGAGAGUGAUUCCAAACCCACCCAUUAAAACAACAAUCAUUCAAUAAUCCUUCAUCUCAGAGUGGAAGAAGAAGCAGCAUGGGAAGGUCUCCUUGUUGUGAGAAAGCACACACAAACAAAGGUGCAUGGACCAAAGAAGAAGACGAUCGCCUCAUAGCUUACAUCAGAGCUCACGGCGAAGGUUGCUGGCGCUCUCUCCCCAAAGCCGCCGGCCUUCUCCGCUGCGGCAAGAGCUGCCGCCUCCGCUGGAUCAACUACCUCCGCCCUGACCUCAAACGCGGCAAUUUCACGGAAGAAGAAGACGAGCUCAUCAUCAAACUCCAUAGUCUCCUCGGGAACAAGUGGUCUCUGAUAGCUGGGAGAUUGCCGGGGAGAACGGACAAUGAGAUAAAGAAUUACUGGAACACUCACAUAAGAAGGAAGCUUUUGAGCAGAGGGAUUGACCCUGCAACUCACAGGUCUCUCAACGACUCUCCCCGUCACAAUCAAGCCCAGGAAUCAGCCGGCGCAGCCACCAUAUGUUUUGCUCCUAAACAAGAGGAAAAGGACAACAACGUGUUGUUCGUGGAGGUUAAGGAUUCCAAAAGUCCCACAUCGGAACGCUGCCCUGACUUGAACCUUGAGCUAAGCAUCAGUCCCCCCCAUCACGAGCGGGAGGAGGGUGGCGAUGGCGAUGAAGAGGAAUCGAAGAGUAUUGGGAGAAGCCUUUGCUUUGCCUGCAGUUUGGGUUUGCAAAACAGCAAAGACUGUAGCUGUGCCCUCAAUGCCAUCACUGCUAAUGCCAACGCUUCUUCUGCCACUGGCUUCGAUUUCUUGGGCUUGAAAACCAGCCCUUUGGACUACAGAACCCUGCAAAUGAAAUGAAAUUACAUUCAGAUUCCGAAUCUCUCGCUCUUUCUUUCUUCUCUAAUUUGUAUAAUUAAUUAAUUAAUUAGUUUUGGAUCCAUGGAUGCAAAUGAUACAGUUCCACCCAGUACAGUUCAACACCAUGUUCCUGUUCCCCUGUCUUCGUGUCCUUCUUCUUCCCCUUUCCGCGUAUUUUCUUAUCUCGCAAACGUGGAUAAAAUAAAACCUAAUACG